AUAAUGGUUAAGGUUCAGCUAGCAGAAACUGGGCAAUAAACUUUCAGCCACUUGCACUUAGCUGGCAGUUCCUUCUCUGGUUCUGCAAAGAUAAAUUCAAAAUAAAGGGAAACCAAAACCCUUCCCUGCCCUUAGGUGAAAGAGAGGAGAACUCCACACACAGUACUACUGAGACGGCCCCUGGAGACAGAAUGGAAAGAAUUUUCUGCAAAAAUAAACAGGAACACCCGGAGCCCAUCCAGGCAAAAGUGCACGGUGAGAUCCCAAGCUGGAUGGAGGGAGUUCUUCUUCGCAAUGGUCCAGGCAUGCAUAAAAUUGGAGAAUGUGAAUAUAAUCACUGGUUCGAUGGCAUGGCUUUGUUGCACAGUUUCACGAUAAAAAACGGUGAAGUUUUCUAUCGAAGCAAAUACCUCCGCAGCGACACUUACAACAGCAACAUCGAAGCCAACAGAAUUGUGGUGUCAGAAUUAGGAACGAUGGCCUAUCCAGAUCCAUGCAAAAACAUAUUUACCAAGGCCUUCUGCUAUCUAUCCCACAUAAUACCUCAAUUCACAGACAACUGCAUGAUCAAUAUAAUGAGAAAUGGCGAGGAUUACUAUGCCAGCAGCGAGGUCAACUUCAUUAGGAAAAUUGAUCCUCGGACUCUGGAAACUCUAGAAAAGGUUGACUACUCUAAGUAUGCAGCCAUCAAUAUGGCAACCUCCCACCCGCAUUAUGACAGCGCUGGAAAUGUUCUCAACAUGGGCACCUCCAUAUUUAAUAAAGGAAAGACAAGAUAUGUUAUCUUUAAGAUCCCCCCUGCAGCACCAGGAAGUGAAGCGAAGAAAGGAAAGACUUGCCUGAAAAACCUGGAAGUGAUAUGUUCCAUCCCCUCCUGCUCUCUGCUGAAACCAAGCUAUUUUCACAGCUUUGGCAUUUCGGAAAAUUAUAUCCUCUUUAUAGAGCAUCCUUUCAAGUUGGAUAUACUCAAGAUGGCCACAGCCCAUAUUCAAGGAGUCAACUGGGCCUCUUGCCUCACCUUCUAUAAGGAUGACAAGACUUGGAUUCACCUUGUUGACAGACAAAGCAAAAAAGAAGUGUCUACCAAGUUUUACACUGAUGCCAUGGUCGUCUAUCACCAUGUGAAUGCUUAUGAGGAAGACGACCAUGUGAUUUUGGACCUGAUUUCAUACACAGAUAACAGCCUACUUGACUUGUUCUAUUUAAAAAACUUGAACAAGAACUUUGAAAACACUGCCAAUAAAACUUCCAUACCAUCCUGCAAGCGAUUCGUAAUUCCUCUGAAGUAUGAAAAGGAUGUAGCAGUUGGUUCGAACUUGGUCCGCCUCCCAUCAACCACUGCAAGUGCUGUGAAAGAAAAGGACGGCAGCAUUUACUGUCAACCGGAGACACUUUGCGAUGAAAUAGAACUGCCUCGCAUCAACUAUGAUUAUAAUGGCCGAAAGUACAGAUACAUCUUUGCUGCAGAGAUGAAAUGGAGUCCAGUUCCAUCACAGAUAGUUAAAUUUGACAUUCUGACCAAGAGAAAACUUCAUUGGAAGGAAGAGCAUUGCUGGCCCGCAGAACCUGUCUUUGUACCCAGUCCUAAUGCCAAAGAAGAGGAUGAGGGUAUUAUCCUGUCAUCCAUUGUGACGACGGAACCCCAGAAGCCACCUUUCCUGCUUAUCCUGGAUGCUAAAACCUUCAAGGAAAUCGCUCGGGCAACGGUGAAUGUAGAUCUGCAUGUGGACUUACAUGGAAUCUUCAUCCCCGGGAAGGAUUUGAAAACAGAUCAGGAGACCGAUGAGGAUGGAGGACACGAAUUGAAGGGCUGCCCAUCUUAUAAAGAGAACGACGUGCCUAAAGAUAGCCUGCCUGUUAAAAAACGGAUGGAAGAUUUGUAAUGCUUCAGACCUCAUCAGGGUCCACACUGCUGGGGCAGCACACCGUAUCUGUCGAGCGUUUCUCUGCAAUGAACUCGUAUCUCAUGAUGACUCUGAGCAGUUUAAGCAAGUAUGUUUACAGGAGGCUGCGUGGUGUGAGUAACGCUUGCGAAUGUUUUAUGUAAUCUUCCAUGGAUUGUGUUCUUAAAGAUAUGCAUCAUAAUAAUAGGGGAGGAGAAAAAAAACUCUUUGUAGUUUGGGGUUUUUUUUAAAUCAGAAAUGCUGGCCUUUAACUGUAUCAUCUGACUGCUUCAUUUCUCAAGUUUGAUGAAGACCAAAGUCAAAUGCCAAGAUUAACAGUACAAUCCUAAACAGACUUACUCCAGUCUAAACUCAUUGAUUUCAAUGGGCUUAGACUGGCAUAACUCUUCACAGGAUUGCACAGUAAAAGUGUUAAAAGGACUUGUUCGAUCAAGCAUUUGGGUAUUUCCCCUUCCUGUUAUGAAUCAUUAUGUGACCUUUUAAAGGAAGGCAAUGUUCCCCUCCCUUCUAUACAGAAGAAAUCCAACUUACUUUCAAAUUCAGUAUGUUCUAUAAUCUUAAAUUAAAAUUUAAUUAUUAAAAUAAGCUUUAAAUCCUUAA